UAAUAACAAAUGAAAAAGGAAAAAACAUGACUUUUACUAAUCUAUUCUAGUGGAAAUUUUCGUUCCUGCGUUCGGAAAAGUGCUUUCAGACCAAAAAAGUUUCGGUUUUAACAUAAUCUACUAAUCUUUAAUUUUAUCGAACGGAACAACUUAAACUUAACCAGCUUUGGUGUUUUGCAACUUCAAUUUUCUGGAUUUGGUGUUUCGAUGGCUAAAAUCGCAUUAGGGUGCGAGCCAGUGGUGGGUUCACUCACCCCAUCAAAGAAGAAAGAAUACAGGGUCACCAACAGGCUCCAAGAAGGCAAGCGUCCCCUUUACGCCGUCGUCUUCAACUUCAUUGACUGUCGUUACUUUAACGUCUUCGCCACCGUAGGCGGCAACCGGGUGACUGUUUAUCAAUGCCUUGAAGGAGGUGUCAUAGCGGUUUUGCAGUCAUAUGUUGAUGAAGAUAAGGAUGAAUCUUUUUACACAGUGAGUUGGGCGUGCAACAUUGACGGGACUCCAUUUGUUGUAGCUGGAGGAAUUAAUGGUAUUAUCCGGGUUAUUGAUGCCAGCAAUGAGAAGAUACACAAGAGUUUUGUUGGCCAUGGGGACUCAAUAAAUGAAAUCAGGACUCAACCCCUAAAACCCUCACUUGUGGUGUCUGCAAGUAAAGAUGAAUCUGUUCGGCUGUGGAAUGUUCACACUGGAAUUUGCAUUUUGGUAUUUGCUGGAGCUGGGGGUCACCGCAAUGAAGUUUUGAGUGUGGACUUCCAUCCAUCAGACAUAUACCGGAUCGCAAGUUGUGGUAUGGACAACACUGUCAAGAUUUGGUCAAUGAAAGAGUUUUGGACAUAUGUAGAGAAGUCAUUUACAUGGACUGAUCUUCCUUCAAAAUUCCCAACAAAAUAUGUACAAUUUCCUGUAUUCAUAGCUUCAGUGCAUUCAAACUAUGUUGACUGCAAUCGGUGGCUCGGUGAUUUUAUUCUGUCAAAGAGUGUGGACAAUGAAAUUGUGCUUUGGGAACCAAAAAUGAAGGAACAGUCUCCUGGGGAGGGUACUGUUGACAUCCUUCAAAAAUACCCUGUUCCUGAAUGCGAUAUUUGGUUCAUCAAGUUUUCCUGUGAUUUCCACUAUAAUGCAGCUGCCAUAGGAAAUAGAGAAGGGAAGAUCUAUGUUUGGGAAUUGCAAAGUAGUCCACCUGUUCUUGUUGCAAGGCUCUCUCAUAAUCAAUCCAAAUCUGCUAUUCGACAGACUGCAAUGUCCUUCGAUGGGAGCACUAUCCUUAGCUGCUGCGAGGAUGGAACGAUAUGGCGCUGGGAUGCACUAUCAUCUCCCCAAGUCUAGGUCUACCCGAUUGAUACAUCAGAAAUUUGCUAUCAUAGCUUAUUUUUGGCACUGUAGUUUUGAUAUAUGUAUUUCUUUUUCCUUUUUUUUCCAUUUAGUUAAACAAGUGCAAUUAUAUGUAUAAACAAGAUUAAUAUGGAAACCCAAGUUAUCAAAACUUUUGCGAA